GCGGGGCUUUCGGGUGGUGCGCGGCGCCGUCAUCGUUUUGCAGAGUCGUUGGAAGGGAAAACUCUUCUGGGCCUUCUACCGGUGUCUUCGGCAUGCUCUUGUACGCAUUCAGGCGGCUGCAAAGAGCAUGGUACGAUGGAGAAAAUGCCACAUGCUUAAGUAUUACAUAAGUAUGCAAAAACCUCUCUACGCUCAACACGCAACAAACAAUUUAUGCUCUAAAUCGAGGCUAGUCACUGUCGAUGCCGUAUUUGAAGACGUUUAACAAAGAAUGUGUCGGCUCAACUUGCAUGUGCAUCAGGUUUACCGGCGGCGGUAUUUACGCGUGAUUUCUGCUGCACGCGUUCUCCAACGAAUAUUGCCGCCUAUCAUUCGGUCCCGGAGACAACAACGUGAAGACGCCGCGGCGAAGAUACUCUCGAAAGGCUGGCGUCGCUCACGCGUCGCCUCGCUUGCUCGCCGCGAGUGUGUCGAAUACCGAAGGUUGCGGGGGAAAGCCUGUAUUAUACAACGCUUUUACCGCACGCGGUUUUUAAGACAUCGAGCGGCAAAGAAGAUUCAGAAAAUCGUCGUUGAGAAACUGGUCAUUCCAGCACGGCGAAGACAAGCCGCGUGUCUCUUAUCAACCAGUUUCCAGCUCCUCUUGCAGGAAAUUUACGCAAGGAAACUUGCCUUUUCCAUAGUCGAUCGCGCAAUCGCCAGCUGGAAGGACCAAAACGGCAAGAAAAUGACUCGACUAGCACGAAAGGAACCUGGCGGCGGGUCGUCAUCGUCCUCUUCCUCCACGGCAGGGAGUUGCUCCUCUGGUAAGAACAAGCGAGUUGCUAAAGCCGUGAUCGGUCUAGAGGGAAACUCUGGCUCUGCUCGUGAAGAUGAAGUUACUGCGACCUUUACAGAUAGCGAUCUCCUUCGAUUUCUCCAGGGUGCUAUCGUGCGGGUACGUGGCGACGAACAGACGAACAAGCACAGCCAGAGGCAACAAGUAUAUACGCACGAAGCAGUAGCCGUUACCCACUUGCCGAUCACAAUUUGCGGACCUCCACCAGAAGCCGCGACAGAUCCUCGACGGCUCUUGGAGUAUCUUGUAGAGAUAAAAGACCAGCUUCUGUCGUCCGAUAAAGGAACGUCAGAAGAGGACACAAGGACAAGCGCAGGAGGGCCAACCGACACAGCAGCACGGCAUAUCGACAGCUCACCGUCGGCUAACGCCGAAGGCGAAACUGAGGAAGACAUCCAGAUUGACAGUGCGCCUGAUGAGGACACGUCUAUAAUGGUUGCCGAAAUUAUUCGAGAUAACUGUCAUCGAAAAACAAAAAGUCACGAUAAACAACAGCGGAUCCGGAAAAAAGCAAAAAUCGGCUUCGUGGAUCCAACUAUUCACCGAAACAAAAUCGUCCUUGCAAGCUCGAUCAUGAGCGGGGCUACCGCUAAUGAAAUAAGAGAGGUCAAUAACGGAACAAAAUCGUUUCGCCUGCGUAUGGCCUCGGUAGCAGAGUUGAUGUCGCCGUUGUCAGAUGUCGAAGACAGUGACGUGAACAUGCAUUCCAAAACAAUCGCCGCAACACCAACGCCGGGAAGGAAGACAAAUGUCAAAGCAUUCGCUUCCAAAUCCAACUAUCCGCUUGUGCUGGCAGGAAAGCCUCGAACAUGCUUGUGCUUGAAGGAACCGACCCAGAAAGUAAAACGACGCAUGAAAACGCUCCGAAGCCGGCGACAGAUCGUUUGGGAGACCCUCUUCGGCUCUGCAGCCUGGAUUCCUUCUGCUUCUGUAUCUCUACAACAGACAGGCGCGCGAGCUACAGGAGCCGCGAAUUUCUCCGGACGACGCUCUGUUUUCAUCUUUUUUCUAGACAAAGCAUGGACGCGGGCCGACGCGCUCGACAGUUUAUUGCUGCUCCUUGCGUUGCGGUUCCUCUUCCCCACCCGCAUUGUGGUUCUACAGCUACCGCAUCCUAUCAUCCGGAUUGCAGCCAGUGAAUGUGAAGGGCAGGAGGGCUCACACGAUCAGACACUUGGAAGAGGCGACGACUGCGAGGGUGGAUUCUUCUCCAAAGAGGAUCGUACUGGACCGAAGCUGUGUUGCGUCGCAUGGCCACGACCGGGAGACGCACAUCACGCAGGCAGCGCUUCUUCCGACCGAUCGCCAUCUCUCCAUCGGGUUUCCGACUGGCAGCGUCUGUCUUUGAAUCUGGACGACCACGACUUCAAAUCUGAAAGUUGUUCUCCAGCUAGCCGCAAAAAAGCUAUGAAUUGCACGUCAGAGGCCAUUUGUUCGCCGAAUUGGUUAGCCACGGAAGUUCCAUCGCCGACUCACAAUGAAGCCGUGGCGGAAGCUGCGGAAUUGGCACGCGAAGUGAUAAAAAACAUUGAAGCAAUGACGCUCAAAGCCGAUAUUGAAGCGAUGACGCCGCAAGUCGAACUCGAGUGUGGUGGAGGCACAACAACAAUUAGUACCGAUCAUAACAUCUCCGCCAGUGAAGAUAGGUCGAUAAUCCAUAGCAUGAGAAGUACCACUGUCUUUCAAAAAAUGAACGAAUUGUGUGCGUGGUGCCCGGUCGGUGUCGUAGCUGCGUACCGCAUUGGCAUUGCUACAUGCAAUCUUGCGGUUACAGAAAAAGAUACGAUGAAAGAAGACAAUGCGGGGGACACGGCUGCCUCGACUAGAAGCGCCGCUAACAAAAGACUCGCUGUGUUUGGGUGUGGACACUGGCAUACCGGAGUCGGCAUGGAGAAAGGUCAAGCGAAAGAAGGCGGAGAAAUGCUGGCACAUGACGAAAGCGGACGCCUGAUGCUGACCAGUAUCCCCUUGUACAACAUGCCAGCAGAGAAUGUUAGAAAUUGUCAUUAUCCAAUAGGUGCGAUCUUACCGACUUUCACGUUUGGCUCGUAGAGCUGAUUGAGUGUAGACCUUGAUAAAGAGUUUAGUAGACACUGCACGAUCCAUAGAUUCACAGUUAGGGAGAAUAUCUAUCUAAAAGUAACGAGUGUGUACCUAGAUUGACAGCGUGUGCAUCCACUGGAUCAACCGCAUCAGAAGUGUAAGUAUCAAUCUAUGUCCUGGGAUGUUGUUAUAGUCGAAACCGAAACUACAAGAGGACUAUGUAUCUAUUUUACUGUUUUGCUGAAUACUUUGCACGAAGAAUGAGAAGAGAACAGCCUCUCUGUAUUUUUGCCUUCAUGCACAGAUCAACUGCACCUGAAUACUCAAUUCUGCAUCUCUAUUAUCUACCUGCACGGGCUGACUUGCUGACCUCUAGUAGAGGAGCCCAAUCAUGGAAGUAAAGAACACAAAAGUGAAAACUCUUGUCGUUGU